CUCUCUCUCUCUCUCUCUCCCCUGAAAAACCCUUCCAGUUCCUUCCUCAGUUCCUAUUAGCGGCGAAAUCCAAGAGAUGAAUUGAAAACAUCGUUUCGUUUCACUCUCUGUGUAUCUCUCUACAGAUUUGUGAAGAAGAAGAAGAAGAAAUGCCUACGUUCACGGCUGUUGCUUUGGAGACCUUGUUGGAAUCGACAGUUCGAGAUUCAUACAAGAAGCCUUUGAAUUCCGGAGAUGAACUGAAUAACAAGCAGGAAAGAGAGAAGCAGAAGAAGAAGGCUUCGACACCGAAUCACAUAUACAUACAGCCUGCUCUGUAUGUAACUCCCGAACCUACGCCCAUUCCGGAAGUUUCCUCCGGCUCGCUCUCGCCAUCUCCGUACGUGGUCAAUCAUAAACGCCGAGGAGGUAAGGCUGUGAAUCGUCGAACCAAUGAAUUCGAGAUUCCAAAGAAGAAUGAGAAUUUGAAUUCGAAUUCGAAUGUUGGUGAAGAGAUAGAUGAAGGUGAAUUGCGAUUUGGAGAAAUAGUGGAGGAUAAUUUUUUAGGUGCGGAGGUGAAUGGGGAUGGAAAUGAGGGGUUUGUGGUGGAGGAAGAUGAUUUCGUUGAUCCGAGGUGUGAUUCGUUGAGUGUUGCUAGCUCAAGUGAACUGAUUGAUUUAGGGAAGCAGAGCUUUGUGUCUAAUCCGGGAGAAUUCUUCGAUGCCGAUGAAGAUUUCUCAUCGAGUGGGUCAAUUUCAAACUCUAAUGGCCCAAGUGUUGAUUUAGAACUGCGUGCCAUAAGGGUUGGUCUAAUGGAGGAGAUCGAAAGGCGAAAGGCUGCUGAGGAUGCUGUUGCUCAGAUGUACAGUCAGUGGCAGAGGAUUGGCAAUCUUCUAUCUCAAGCAGGGUUGUCAUUUCCCACAUCCUUGUAUGCUAGUAGUGGUACACAGCUUGAGAUUGGUCCAGUAGAGCAGCUCUCUCAGGAGAUUGUUGUUGCUAGGUUUGUUGCUGAAGCAAUAGGAAAGGGUCAAGCACGUGCUGAAGCUGAAUUGGUUGCAGACGUGAUCAUUGAAUCCAAAGACCAGGAAAUCUCUCGGCUACGAGACAGAGUGCAAUACUAUGAGUCUGUUAAUCAUGAAAUGUCCCAGAGGAAUCAGGAAAUUAUGGAGGUUGCACGGAGGCAGCGACAACGGAAGAGGAGUCAGCGCAGGUGGCUAUGGGGUUGUGUAGGCUUAUCAGUAGUAAUUGGGGCAUCUGUGAUUGCUUAUUCGUACCUCCCAGAUACGAGUGAACAUCAUUCAUUGCCGGGUGCCAAUGAAUCAUCCAAUGCUGCUUCUACCAGUUCAUCAGAAUCUGCUUAUUAGUGAAUAAUUUAUGGCUAAUUUGUCGAGCUUCCUAGUGCACUCCGUUGACCUUUUUACCCAGAUGUUAUCCAGAGCACACGGGUUGAGACUUUAGGGGAGUGAUCUGACCACUUGCCUUGAAAAUUGUGCUUUGGAUAUCGUUGUUGGAUGAAGUUUGAGAAUCAAGAUAAGUUUUUGAGGUAGGGAUGCUGCUUUUUCGCCCUAAAUUCUUUGUUUCUGAUAUGGUUUAAUAGAUAAGAUAGUGUUUAUCCAUAAUGCUGUGCGUUGAGUGCAUAAGCGAUCCUAUACCAAGUGAAUUUCAG